AUGUACCAGAGGCUAAAUGACAGAAGGGAAAAGGUAGAGAAGGAGAAGAGAGGGAGGCCGUUCAGACUCAGGCGACACAUAAAGGAAUCAGUGCUCUUCCUCUCACCAGCUAAAGGGAGACAGCGAUCAGUGCUCACUGCUCAGGCGUCACUUAAGCGACCAUCGAUCGAGGCUGUUAAGACUUUUGUUUCAGGCGGCAGUCACUGCUCAGGCGGCACUCAAGCUGUUCAGACUCAGGCGGCACUCAGACUUAUGCUCGAUGCAACAGUGCUCUUCUGA